UGUCACACAGUCACGCACACAUCCCUCUUUAGAUAUUGUUUUGCUAUCGUAUCUGACUGAACAGGAUAAAAUAAGCGAAAGUGUUUCGGCGUUACCUGAAAUUGUUGAAGUGCUGCGCAAGCGCCGGUCCUUUAAAACCACUUGCGCAUCGAUUUCGCAGGAGUAAACACCAUUGGUAAGAAGCUAAUGCGAUCUGUGGUACAGCAAUCGUUUUCGAGGCUACAUUCCAGGCAUUCUGCAAAAGGAUUCCUCCACUUCGACUUAUUCGAGUCAAUUGACUUCUUAACGACGGCCACUGAAACUCUGUGAGCCUUCUUAGGUUCCCAAUACUUUCUGUAUAGUUUGAUUUGUUAAUUCUUGGCAAAAUUGCUAUAACUUCAACGUCUGCGAUGCAGCAAACGGCAGUAGAGUUUAAAUUGCACAUUUGCCGCCUUUCCUGAGCUGCCAAAAACUGUCAAUGAUGCAAAGGUGCAGUGAACUGGGCAAGAAAUCCGCGACCUGGCAGCUCCUAGUGCGCUUCGAUCGCAACAACCUGAAGGUGAAGAAGGGCCCAAACGGUCACUAUUUGGAGAGCAGUUGUCGGGAUGAGUUGCGCAAGACGCUACCUGCCAAGUCGUUCGAGGAACUGAUGACCUGGGUGGCUAAGUGGCUAAAGCGACUUGACGACUUGAACGGCAUGGUGAGCCCUGGAGCGAGAUCCCAGCAGGACAGCGACAAGGAAUCCGAGUUACUCGCUGAGAAAAGAGUGAAAGAGGAAAUAUUAGCCAACCCAUCAGUUGUGGACCUUUGCAGCGACGAGGAAGAUGAGGAGUCAGUUCUUCGCUUUUCUGAUAAGGAAACCCUGGACGCCGAAUCAGUUAUCUCCACGUCCUCGAUUGUGGUCCUUGACGAUGAGCUGGGCGAGGUCAACCUGAAGGACUAUGCUGAUCACGUCGAUGGAAAACUGGAUGAAGCCUCUUUAAGAAAGCGAAAUCGCCGCGAGGAGGAUAACACAUCGUUUAACGCCAAUAAGCAGACCUCGAUAAAGGAGUUCUUGACUCCCAAAAAAACACAGAAAGAGAAAACUCCAUCGCCUGUCUUCCGUCGCGCUUUGAAAACGUAUGUCAGACGACCAAAGCUACCUGCAAGUGGCGAAGCAGGUGGCCAGGUACUGCGAGAACUGAACAUCAAAGAUGGCACCACAUCCAACACCUCCUUCAAGGAAGAUAAGUCAUCCGACCUCAUGGUUAUUGAGGAUAUAAAUCGAGAAGCUGCGAGCCAUGAAACUAGCCAAGAACCAAAAACCCCAACGGAUAAGGAGCCCAACCAAAGUGAUAUCAAGAAAGAGGUGCCAAAUUGCAACGACUUGAUCGAGAAAGAAACCUCAGCCAGCCAAGAUAUUAAACCAAAGUCUGAUGUCCUGCGAAGCGUCUCAAUUAAGUCGGACCCUGAAGUGCAUUUGGCAAUGAAUGGAGAAGCAAAAGAAAAUAAUGAACCCAACGCAAAAAGCAAAAGUGAAAGUGAAAAGCCUGAUAUCAGGUUGAUCGAGCAACCAAAGCAAGUAGAAGCAAAAGGCAUACCGCUGGUGAAGGACUUACUUUCCACCGACUCAGAGGCUCAUAUAGAAGAUACCCCCAAUUCGAAUGUAACUCCAGAAGUUCCCCCCCAAUUCCCUAUACAUACGAUUCGAAUUCGUAGUGACCUGGUUUCCUCACCGGUGGAUACGAUUCGGGUUCGCACAGAUCUGUUGCAGAAGCAAUCGGAUCAGCCACCAUCACGUGCACCUGUUGACCCGUCCGAACCAUACAAAGCACCGGGAACAGCUGAAAAGCGAAGAUUGACACCGGAACAGUCAGGAAAUCAUUGCGAUUCGACUGGCAAUGGCUUGCACGGCCAGCCGAAGAGGUCAGCCGUGGAUAGCUAUAAUCCCAAAUCAGUGGCCACCUCGAAUGUUUCAGCAUAUACCUCCAGCUACCAAGUAAAUGGUCCAUUACCAACCGCUCCAUCUACCACGUCCACUUAUCCGGCGACUGUUCUCCUUCCUGCUUCUCUAGUUUCCACGCUCAGUCGCCAACCAGUAGUUCCCCCAUCCCCACUAGCCAUAUCCACUCAAUCCUCUGCUGUGGCCCCCACACCAGUAUUCAACGCGACAUAUCCACGGCCUCUCUCCGUGGUUGCUCCCACUGUAAUCAACUCCAGCUAUCCAGUGGAUCCGGGACGAGCCAACUCGUUUUGGUACCCUCCACCGAAUCAGCGUCCAGCUAUUCCGGUGGUUACUCGGCCCAGUACCAGGCCCAAUUACCAGCCACCUCCACCCCCUGCUCCGUGCACCAGCUCCAGUUACCAAAGACCAAACCCUGUGCCUGCUGUACGGCCUGGUGCUUUAAGCUAUAAACCAAUAUUGCAAAGACCAGGAACUACACCAAGAUAUCCCGCACAGAACUCUUUGGCUCAUGCGCCCGCUACAUCCACCUGCUACCAACCACAUAUUCCGGCGGCUCCUGCUCCUGCUCCAGUCCCAGGAGCAUCUAAUAAUGCGCAUCCCACAGGAUGCAAUCGUUCCACCGACUUGACCAACAUCAUGGGCAUGCUGACUCAGGUGGAGUUCUUCGCCUACGGCCAAAAGAAUCAGGAGGCUUUCGAUCUCGUCCGUCAGCUACGCCAAAGUCUUCAGAAGGGAGCGACCAGUAACCGCAUUGCAAACUAGAAGGCUUACUCUCGAGGAUUGCUUUCCUCGCUAGCUGUUAGGAUUUGUUAAAUACGCAAUUAUUUUUUGAUAGUAUAUAUCAAAUAAAAUUAUUGUAAUACAAUACUAGGAAUUCUGACAGCUGUACAGUUUACUGUAUUAUGUUAUGUUAUUAAUUAUAUUAAAACAUAUAUAGGUUUUUGA